AUGACCAGCAUUUGUCGAUUAUUAAAAUCUGCUAUUUCAUCAAGCCUUGGAUCCUCAACUACAAUCAAUCCAGAAAACAUGUCAAAGAUGCUUAUAAAUCAAAAUCCAGUCACAAUCUUUAGUAAAUCAUAUUGUCCAUAUUGUACAAGAGCCAAAAACUUUUUAUCAUCAAAACUAUCAAAAGAUCAAAUUAAAGUUAUCGAACUUGAUGAUUUAUCUAAUUAUCCUGAUUUUAAUCAAUUCUCUAGUACUGAAUUCCAACUCAGUUUAGCUGAAAAAUUAGGAAAAUCUAAAAUUACUGUACCUCAAAUUUGGAUUAAUGAAAGACAUGUUGGAGGUUGUGAUGAUCUAUUAGGAUAUGAAAAACGUGGAGAAUUAGAUUCAAUCUUAUCUCAAAUCAAACCUACCAUCAAUCAAUAA